CCUUACCAAAACCACACUCGCCCCCUCCCCUUUUACCUUUAAAGUCCAUGGUGAAGUUUGUUGGCCAUUAUCCUAUUGUUAUCAGUAUUACCUCGAGAAGCAAAAUCUGCAGCCAUGCGUCAUUAUUGUCUUUGUCUUUUUAUUGGACUUCUGGCGGUUGCAUUCCUCCAGUCUGGUGUACUGGCCAACAAUGCCAAUAUGCCAAACGAAUGCUGUUUUAAUUAUUAUCCAAGAAAAAUCCCCAUCGCUAAAGUUACUUCCUACAUCGAGACGAGAGUGGAUUGCAAUAAGCCUGGAGUCAUUCUUGUCACACAGAAGGGUUUUCGUAUCUGUGUGAACGCUGGGCUGAGCUGGGUGAAGAGUGCCCUUAAAAUGAUCGAUGAUCGUGACUUUUAGUGAUGCAGUUGUGGCAAUGGCAUACUCAAAUGAGUGAUUUAACUUGAUUCUUAACCCAAGAAUUAACUCAGUAACCUUCUUUCUAUUAUCUGUCAUUUUUUUCAUAAUUAUGUGGCAUCAUGAAAAAAAUGUUCUACCUUGCUACUGUAAUGUUACUUUUGCUGGAAAGCAAUACAUGUAAAAAGACAACAUGAUUUGUGAUUGUUCAAAAUGUUAACGUUUAAUU